AUGGAUGCCGAUCUAGACCCACUAUGGCAGGAUAUGGACUGGGCCAUAGGCCAAAUGUUAAUCAUGGGCUGGGACGGCACCGAAGUUACCCCCCAAAUCCGUGAGCUCAUCACAGACCACCACCUCGGCUCCAUCCUCCUAACAGCCAAGAACCUCAAAUCCGCCCACCAAACAGCAAAGCUCGUCCAAGAGCUACAAACCAUCGCCCACAAUGCCGGCCACCCCUACCCCCUCCUCAUCGCCCUCGACCAAGAAAACGGGGGGGUCAACUCCCUCUUUGACGAAGAACACAUCUGCCAAUUCCCCUCCUCCAUGGGCCAGGCCGCGGCCGGUAGUCCUGACCUCUCCUACCAACUAGCCAAAGCAACCGCCACCGAAGUCUCUGCCUGCGGCGUCAACCUCAUCCUCGGCCCCGUUUUGGACGUCCUUACCAACGCGCGCUACCAGCCUUUAGGAGUCCGCGCCACCUCCGACGACCCGCAAGAAGUCUCCCAGUAUGGAAUUGCCGCCAUGAAGGGGUACAAAGACGCCGGCGUCGCCACGUGCGGGAAACAUUUUCCCUCUUACGGCAACCUGGAUUUCCUGGGUAGUAGUUUGGAUAUACCCAUUAUCACGCAGACGCUCGAAGAACUGGCUUUGUCAGCGCUGGUGCCCUUCCGGAACGCGAUUGCCACGGGCAAGUUGGACGCCAUGUUCGUCGGCGGGUGCGGGAUCACGAAUCCGAGCAUGAAAGUGGCGCAUGCGUGUUUGAGCGAGCAAGUGGUUGAUGAACUUUUGCGGGAAGAGCUGGGGUUCACUGGGGUCGCGAUAUCAGAGUGUUUGGAGAUGGAAGCUCUUCGCACGGAGAUGGGGGUACGAACGGGGACCAUCAUGGCUGUGCAGGCCGGGUGUGAUUUGGUGUUGUUGUGCAGGGCGUAUGAUGUCCAGCUGGAGGCGAUUUCUGGACUGAAGUUGGGACUGGAGAAUGAGGUGUUGACCAAGGAGAGGGUUUAUACGAGCUUGAGAAGGGUGUUGAAGAUGAAGAGGGGGUGUACGGAUUGGGCCAAGGCGCUGAAUCCGCCGGGGAUCUCGCUGCUGAAGCAGAUUCACCCGAGCCAUCUGGCGUUGAGCAUGAAGGCGUACGAUGACUCGAUUACGGUGAUGAGGGAUAACGAGAAGUUGUUGCCGCUCAAUGAAAGCAUGCAUCAGGAGGAGGAACUGUUGCUUUUGACGCCGCUGGUUAAGCCGUUGCCGGCGUCGGCCAUGACGAAGACGAUUCUUGAAGGUUCGACCAAGAUAAGGUCGGAGAAUCCUAUUCAUGAUAAAUGGAUACAUAGGGAGCGCAGUGCCAUUAUGAGUGGCGAGGGAGUGUUUAGGGAACUUGGGAGAUCUCUAGCCCGCGCUAGACAUGGCAAGUUGCUUCACACCUCUUAUACCGCCAACGGUGUGCGGCCAGUCCACGAAUCCCUCAUCCAACGCGCCUCAACCAUCAUCCUCCUCACCGCCGACGCCAACAGGAACCUCUACCAAGCCGGCUUCACCAAACACGUAGCAAUGAUGUGUUCCCUCCUCAAAGCCUCGGGCCACAAAAAGAACCUCAUCGUCAUAGCCGUCUCCUCUCCCUACGACUUCGCCAUGGACAAGUCCAUCGGGACCUACAUCUGCACCUUUGACUUCACCGAAACCGCCAUGUCCGCUUUAGUCCGCGCCUUAUGCGGCGCUUUCACCCCGCACGGCACCCUCCCCGGUACCCUCCGCAAAGCCCCCCGCAAGGCCGUCCAAAGCUCCGCAGGCGGCAAAUCCAAAACCCGCACGCAGCACUGGCUCGUCGAACCCUACGACAUCGAACGAGACACCAAAGGACUUCAGGACCUCCUCUUCGCCAUGGUCCGCGGCAGCGCGCCCAACCAUCAAUACUUUUACGCCUUCGGCCCACACUCCUUCUCGCUGUUAUCCGACGUGAUGACUAUGGAGCAGCAGCAGCACGAAGAAGAAGAUAAAAAGAAAAUGGAAGAGCAGCAGCACUUUGUCGUCCGCAACUCCUCCACCGGCGCUUUGUACGGGUUUUGCUCCACUUACUACCUCCCCUCCACUUUCACGGGGAUCAUAGGCGCCAUCUUCGUCGACCCGUCCAAACGUAACCUGUCGAUAGGGUACUCCCUCCACCGCCGGGCCGUGAGGAACCUCCUCCAGAAACAUCCGGACAUCAAGCAAUUCCAGCUGGGGUGCUGUCUCCCUGGUAUUUUCCCCGGUAUCCCACUCGACCAGUCUGAUGCCCUGUCCAUGUCGUCAGCUAUAACCCCUGGAUCUACCACAUCUUCCACCGCCGCUUCCUCUGGUCUGAAAUCCUGGUUCUCCACUACCUGCGGAUGGGAUUUAUCCCCUUCUUCAUCCUCCUCGAGCGUUGUCCGUACCCGCAAAAUCUACAACCUCCUCCUCCCCUCUCUCCAAUCCUGGUCCUCACCCCCAGACUUACCCACCACCCUCCAGUUGGCCGGUAUCUCCUUCGACCUCAUCCCCGGCGGCGGCAGCGGGCGCACCCCAAAUUCAACCCCAAAUUCACCCCUGUCUGCAGAACAAGAAUCCGUCCUCUCUUUCGUCUCAUCCCACGCCACACCCGAAAUCCUCGCUCUUUACCGACUUGCUCUUCUUCAAUCUCCUCCUUAUUCUUCUUCUUUGUCAUAUUCUUCUUCUGCUUCCCCUACUGAUCCUACCUCGUACAAUAACAACCACCAUAACAACCAUAACAACAACAACACAUGGAUCAUCCGCGCCAAGAUCGAGUCCCAGUCCCCUCCAGCCCCUGGAGUAGUAGAAGGAGGAGGAGGAGGAGGAGGAGGAGGAGGAGCAGAGCAAGUAAUAGGCACCAUCAUAAUCAGCAGCGAGUUAGGAAGGGACUUACAUCUCCCUUCUUUGUCGUCGGCUUCGGCAUCUUCUAGGGGUGGCACCGGGGGAAUCAUUGCGCCUGUUGUGUCGUCCAUGAUGGGGCAACAACAAACAAACGCAAAUCUGUUGGUGUUGCAGGGGUUGGUGAUGUUGGGGUUGAGACAGAAUAAGAGGGAGAAGAUGGCUAGUUGCUUGUUGAAUUGGGUGAGUAAUGGCAAUGGCAAUGGCAAUGGCAAUGGCAAUGGCAAUGGCAAUGGCAAUGGCAAUGGCAAUGGCAAUGGCAAUGGUGGUGGUGGCAGUGGAUCAGGGGAUGGGGGACAGCAGCAGAACAAUAGUGUGGAAACGUUGUUGGGUAUGGGAUUUGAGGUGCAGCAGGUUUGGGAAGAGGUGGUUAAUGGGGUUGAGCAGUUUGCUUCGCUUGCUUAGGCCAUCUCGGUCAGCUUGGAUAUGUUACGAUUGAUGAUACGGUCUUUUCUUCUUUGGAUACGCGGUAAGCGUAAUUGUGGCUGAUUAUUUUGACACGUUGGAGGGAUGUACUUAUGGUGAUAUACGACUUGUUUUUUGUUUCUUAGUCACUUAACGCCGACGGUUCUACGCGUGUCUCGGGUUGUUUGUAGUUAGGAUAUCAAUCAGAAAUUGCCUUGUUUGGUU